AUGCGGGAGUCCACUGACCUGGAAAAAGGCGGGGAAACCAACACCACAGUAUCUCCAGAGCAGGAAGAGGUCUCCCCUUCGCAGGAUCAAGAAGAUCUCCCCAAAGACCCGAAUUUGGUCAGUUGGGAUGGCCCCGAUGAUAUCAACAAUCCCUUCAACUGGCCGGUCAAGAAGAAAACGCGCCAACUGGUGUUGAUGGCAUUCAACACCUUCAUAACUCCGCUGGCCUCGUCCAUGUUCGCUCCUGGAGUCGCCGACGUGAUGCGCGAAUUCCACUCCACCGACACCAUGCUCGCCUCCUUUGUCGUCUCCGUCUUUGUGCUCGGGUACAUGGUCGGCCCUUUUCUGACCGCUCCUCUGUCGGAAAUGUACGGCCGCGUGCCUCUAUACCACGCCUGCAACAUCCUCUUCCUCAUAUUCACCAUCGCCUGUGCUGUGGCGCAGAGCCUGCCGCAGCUGAUCGUCUUCCGGCUGCUGGCAGGCGUUGCCGGUGUGUGUCCGUUGACCAUUGGUUCGGGGACGGUGGCGGAUAUGAUUCCCAAGGAGAAACGGGCCGGGAUCAUGGCCAUCUGGGCUUUGGGGCCUAUCCUAGGACCGGUGAUUGGGCCUGUGGCGGGAGGAUUUCUGGCCGAAGCGGAGGGAUGGCGCUGGGUGUUUUGGGUGAUUGCUAUCGCGACCGGGGUCAUGACCGUCGGCUGCAUGUUCGCCUACCGCGAAUCCUACGCGCCCGUCCUUCUCCGCCGCAAAGCCGCCCUCCUGCGCAAGGAGACCAACAACCCGUCGCUCUACUCGAUCCACGACAGCACGCCUGCUCACCCGUCCCCCCAUCGUCUUCCUCAUCUCCCUCUUCGCCGCCAUCACUACGGCUACCUCUACCUCAUGUUCACCACCAUCACCUCCAUCUUCGAAACCAAAUACCACUUCUCCCCGGGCCUGGCCGGCCUCGCCUACCUGGGCUUCGGCAUCGGCUGCGUCAUCGGCCUCCUCGUCUGCGGCGCCGUGGCCAACCACAUCGCCGUCGUCCACUCCGCCCGCGGCUGCUUCACCCCGGAGUCCCGCCUCCCGCCCAUGCUGGUCGGGUGCUGGUUCAUGCCCGCGGGGCUCUUCUGGUACGGCUGGGCCGCAGAGGCAGGGGUGCACUGGAUCGUUCCGAUCCUGGGGACGGGCGUCUUCGCCAUCGGGCUCAUGGCCGUCUUCAUGUCGGCGAAUACCUAUCUGGUCGAUUCCUAUCUCCUGCACGCGGCCUCGGUGACGGCCGCGAACACGGCGCUGCGGUCGUUGGUCGGCGCCGUGCUCCCGCUGGCGGGGCCGGCCAUGUACGAGGCGCUGGGGUUGGGGUGGGGGAACUCGCUGCUGGCGUUUAUCGCGCUGGCGAUGUGCGUGUGUCCGAUGCUGUUCUGGAAGUUUGGGGCGCAGAUCCGCACGCAUCCGAGGUUUCAGGUGAAAUUAUAG